AUGCUGAAGCCCGGCCUCGCCACCGUGGGCCUCGACUGCUGCGGCAUGUGCGUGGGCUUUCGCUCCAUCACCUCGCGGACUGAGCAGAACAUGGUCACCGUCUCCACCAAGACAAAGGACAACGUCUUCGUCCACGUGAAGGUCGCGGUGCAGCAGGCGGUGAUGCCAGAGUUCACUGAACUGGCCAUGUACAAGCUGGACAAUGUUCACGCUCAAAUUGACUCCUACGUUUCGGACGUGGUGCGGUCCUUCAUCCCUCAGAUGACCCUGGACGAAGCCUUCGAGAAAAAGGACGAUAUCUCGGAUGCCGUUCAGAAGAAGCUGGCGGAGGAGAUGGCGAACUUCGGGUUUUCCAUCAGCAAGGCCUUGGUCACCGAGGUGACGCCGAAUCAAGAGGUGGUGGCGUCCAUGAACGAGAUCAACAAGCAGAAACGCCUUCGCGAUGCGAGUCAGAUGGCAGCAGAGGCGGAGAAGAUCAAGGUGGUGAAGGCCGCCGAGGCCGCGGCCGACGCCGCGCAGCUGCAGGGAGAAGGUAUCGCCCGCCAGCGCCGCGCAAUCAUCGAUGGCCUGCGGGAUUCGAUCACCCACGGCUCUGGAGAGACCCUCUCCACAGACAAGAUCUCAGAGCUGCUUCUCAUCACCCAGUACUUCGAGACUCUUCGCGACGUGGCAGCCCACAACCGCUCCAGCACAGUGUUCCUUCCGAGCGGACCGCUUUGUGAGUCCACUAAGUGGCACUCGCGGAAUUUUUACCUUAUGAGUCCGCGCGCGGAACACUCGGAGACGGGCAAGACGAAAGACGCGACGAAGACGACGAAAACAGGAAAGACAAAAAAGAGCCCAGAAGCAGGACAUGAAGCGAGUGAAGCGAAGGAAACUGGGACGGCGCCCAAACAGAGCCAGAUGACAAAGACGCGCAAAACCAGGAAGGAAGCACCGCGUCGCCCAGAAGCACCAGGUCCCGAAAGCCUGGAAAAAGAGGCCGAACUUCGGCCGCCGGAGGCCAACGAAGCGCCGGCUGAGAUCGAGGUCCGAAAGCAAGCACCCGCGGAAGCCGAAGCGCCGACGGCUGAGUGGAGUGACGCCGAGCCUGAAGAAGGCGUCACAAGCCCAGAAACAUCCAUCAAGAAAAAGGUGACGAGAAAGAAAGUCAGAAUCAAGCCCAAAGCAAAAUUGAAAGACGGCCUCUUGGAGGCGGACGAGGAAGUGGUAUUCGAAGGACCUGGCGCUGUGGGCGAUGUCUCCUCGCAGAUUCGGAACGGACUGCUGCAAGGGGCCGCGGGUGCCCCUGGACAGCUGCAGAUGUGA